UAAAUGAUUAAGUCGCUCCCGAAAAAAUUUCGGUAGGGAAAAUUCAAUACCCUCUAAAUAAGGGAAAGAAAUUAACGGGAAAUUCUUCUGCGAUUGUUCCCGUUCGGUCGAAUAGAGAUGGCUUCAGUUAUUAAUUUAGUGAAGAAGAACAACUUGGGCGUGCUGUCCAAAUAUCUGAUUUCAAACGACCGAAUCUAUCAGCACGUUAGGAAUGCAUCGAAAUGGUACCCGGGCGUGGAAGAUAUGAAAAAAUUUGAACGGCCAGUCAUGUUUGUACCGGAAGAGGUAAGCGAUUGGAAAGUCGAGUCGUGGAAUUGUAAUCCUCAACCAGUUGAACGUGAAGUAAAAAAUAUGACCAUCAACUUUGGGCCACAACAUCCAGCUGCCCACGGUGUACUUCGAUUAGUAUUGGAACUUGCCGGGGAGGUUGUUGUACGAGCUGAUCCACAUAUUGGACUUUUGCAUAGAGCUACUGAAAAAUUAAUCGAAUACAAAACGUAUACCCAAGCAUUACCGUAUUUUGAUCGUCUUGAUUAUGUUUCUAUGAUGUGCAAUGAACAGUGUUAUUCAUUGGCUGUAGAAAAAUUGUUGAAUAUUGAUAUACCAUUAAGGGCAAAGUAUAUUCGAACAUUAUUUGCUGAAAUCACCCGAUUGUUGAAUCAUAUUAUGGCUGUUGGUACACAUGCUUUAGAUAUUGGUGCCAUGACUCCAUUCUUUUGGUUAUUUGAAGAACGUGAAAAAAUGAUGGAAUUUUAUGAACGUGUAUCUGGAGCUAGAAUGCAUGCUGCAUAUAUACGCCCUGGUGGUGUAUCUCAGGACUUACCACUUGGUUUGAUGGAUGAUAUUUAUCAAUUUGCAUCGAAAUUUGGUGAACGUAUUGAUGAAACAGAAGAUAUGCUUACCAACAAUGGUAUUUGGAUUGCUAGGACGCGUGAUAUAGGUGUUGUGAGUGCUCAAGACGCUCUAAACCUAGGUUUUAGUGGUGUUAUGUUACGUGGUUCAGGUAUAAAAUGGGAUCUACGUAAAACACAACCUUAUGAUGCAUACCAUCUUUUAGAUUUUGAUGUACCAAUUGGUACUCGUGGGGAUUGUUAUGACAGAUAUUUAUGCAGAGUUGCAGAAAUGAGGCAAUCACUUAGAAUUAUAGAACAAUGUUUGAAUCAAAUGCCAGCUGGUGAAAUUAAAACUGAUGACAUGAAAAUAUCAACACCAUCUAGAUCAGAGAUGAAAAAUUCCAUGGAAGCCUUGAUACAUCACUUCAAAUUAUUCACUCAAGGUUAUCAAGUACCUCCUGGUGCUACUUAUACCGCAAUUGAAGCCCCUAAGGGUGAAUUUGGAGUAUAUUUAGUUUCUGAUGGUUCCUCAAAACCAUAUCGAUGUAAAAUCAAAGCCCCUGGUUUUGCACAUCUUGCAGCAUUAGAGAAGAUAGGCAAGAAACACUUCCUUGCUGAUAUUGUAGCUAUUAUUGGAACAUUGGACGUUGUAUUUGGUGAAAUUGAUCGUUAAGUUUUUGUACUGAAGUUUAUUGUGUACAAGUAUUUUAUUGUUCUAAAGUUGUUGUAUCAUCUAACAAAUUGUCCAGUUUAUUCUACUCGAUCAAGAGUA